UGUAUGCCUCCCGCCGCGACAACUUCGCCCGCUUGUGCAGUUGCGCUGUGUCAGUGGUAAUUUUGUGUCUGUGUUGUGAUUCAUCAUGAAUUCUCCUCUGAAUGUGGAAUGAAAUAUUUUGGGAUUAGCCUGUGAAAAACCACACAAAUUUAUUGUCACCCAAUCUGCUCGAUCUGAAACAUUGGGACUUUGUACUUCACAUGAAUUUAGAUUAAAUUAAGGUUCUUAAGAAUGUGUGGGAUCAGAUGGAUGAUUUUGAGGAUUAAUUCACUUUGAGACACCACAAUGAGAAGAAACUACUUUUUAAGUUAAACUAAAAAAGAAGUUGAUAAGAUAUAACAGAACCGUAUGGACCACAAACAUAUCUAACAGUAAUUUAAAGUUAUAAUGAAAUGCAGUUCUACUUUUGAGUUCUGGAAUAGCAUUUCUUCCCUGCUACAUUGACAUUUCCAAACAUGAAACUUUCAAGGACAAAGUUCAGAUGAACGAGAAAUUUUUCAUGGCUUGGUCUUUACUUCUUGUACUUCUCGUACAUCAAGGUGCCGAUGGAUCCAGGAGAUUUCGUACGGAUUUUCUUCAGGACCUUCCCACUCCAGGCACCGGACCCUCCUUCGACACUUCCAUCCCCAGCAACCUCACGGGUCUCGUGGGCAAGACCGCUUACCUCAACUGUAGAGUCAAGAACCUGGGGAAUAGGACGGUCUCAUGGGUCAGACACCGUGACAUCCACCUGUUGACAGUAGGCAGGUACACCUACACCAGCGACCAGAGGUUCGAGGCCGUACACUCGCCACACACUGAAGACUGGACACUCAGGAUACGAUAUCCACAAAAGAAAGACACGGGCAUCUACGAGUGUCAGAUCAGCACCACACCACCCAUCGGCCACCCUGUAUAUCUCAAUGUUGUUGAGCCAAUAACAGAUAUUCUGGGAGGACCUGAAUUAUUCAUCAACAAAGGAAGUACGAUCAACUUGACAUGUUUGGUCAGGUUCGCUCCUGAGCCUCCACCCAUAAUGCUAUGGAGUCACAACCGAGAGGUUAUUAACUUUGACUCACCGCGGGGAGGCGUGAGUCUGCUGACGGAGAAAGGUAUCAUUACCACCAGCAGGCUGCUAAUACAGAAUGCUGUUCACACAGACAAUGGCGUGUACACGUGUGACCCGUCCAAUGCUAACUCUGCAAGUAUCAGAGUCCAUAUACUCAAUGGGGAACACCCAGCGGCCAUGCAUCACGGCGGCUCCUCACGGUCCUCCCCACCACUUCUCAGUGCCUUGCUGAUACCCUGGCUCCUGCAACUAAUCAUGUAGCACAAGCUGUGCCGUGUCACCUGAGUCACGGCACCCUCGGUUAAGUGACAGACUCUCUCGUGAUCCUUCGUGAUUAUUCAGACAAAUUCGUGAUCUUUGGACUGCCUCCUUGACCACUCGGACAACAUUGUUACAAAUCGCACAAUUCCGUAAUCAUUCUGGUAUACCUAAAAACGCUGGAAAAUGUUUACUUUUAGGCAAUUCUUGAUCGGAGAAUUCACGUUAAUUGGGAUACUGUUUUGAUCCUUCAGAAAUCAGUGAGAAUCCCGGAGAGUGGUUUGAUGGAUUUUUAAAAUGAGGCAGGAACUUAUCUCUCUGUGUCUAAAUACAUUUCAUCGACCAGUGACUGAGGUACUGCCCAUAGCGACACUAUUGUAAGAUGUCACGAAUUUGAAUACUAUAGUAUUCAUUGCCGAUUCGGUAAAGUAAUGUAGAUUCUAUGUGUUGUUUAACGGAGUGGCGCUACGUCCAGACCAAUUAUGGUACGCAAUAAAUGCUCAAACGACCACUUGCAUGUAUUGUACUGUUGAUGUACCCGAAUGGAAAUAUUAAACUCUUAUUAUUUUAAUCGUUUGAGACAAAGCAUAAAAAUGUUAUUUUUCAUAUUUGUUAUUGUUGUAUAUAUUAUAAAUAUAAUAUAGCAAUAUAAUAUAUUUAGCAUAAUUUUAAUUUUAACAUUUAUUUCCAGAUGUUAAAUAUUUCUUAUCAAUACUCUUAUUGAUUUCUCAAAUUAAAUUGUAUUUUUCCUUAUAGGGUGUUUGUUUAUAAUUUUUUACCUUAAUACACAAUAUAAUUUCAUUUAAUUUGUAUUAUUACAUUAUCAAAUUAUUGUUUAUGAUUUUUAUAAACCUUUCAUGAUCAAAUGUAUUAAUAUAAAUGGAUGAUUUAAAAGAAACAUAGAUAUUUUUACUUUUUAUAUAGUUAUACUUGUAAUAAUGAUGGAAAAUAUGUUAUCAUAAACUGAUCCAACUGUGGUUUCCACGACCAUUGGUCACAAAGUAAAUAUAAACGACAAAUAAGUCAUUAUCAAUACAGUCUACUGGUUUAUACCUAAGAAGAAAGAAAUAUCUUAAUUAAUUUGUUAUUUAUGUUUGUCAAUCCUUAUUAUAUUUUUAUAAAAAUGGCUAGUCAUAGAUAUGUUAUGUGAAUUAGUCAAUUAAUUGCAUAUAAGUUAUUGUUGGUUUAUUAAUUCUGGAACAAAAUAACCUGAUAUCGAUGAUGUCAUGUGGAGCUGGCGCUUUUGGAACUUGACAUAGACUUCAUUGUAGCUUUCAUACCAACUUACCUGACGCAUCAUAUCUAUAGCUAAUAGGUUUUAACUCUUAUAGAAGUUAUUUUUAAAUGCUGCAAAUUAUAAUUGUUGUUAAUAAGUGUACAUGCUGUAUAUUGUUAACUAAUUACAACUAUCCUUAAAAAUAAUUUAAGUGUUUUUUUUUUUUUUUGUUAAUAACCAUGCAAUGGGAAAUACGUCAUCCCGAAACACGUAUACUUGACAGAUUUACGAUCGAGUAUAAGAAAUAUAUUUUAUUUGUACUCGUUUUCUUAAUAAGUUGCUAUCCUCCUACAACCCAUAAAUGAGCCUUUUUAUUAUAGACCGAUUAGGUAAUGGAAAGUUAUAGUUUUUAUUAAAAGUCUAUUUAAUUGGAUUUACGGUUAACAUGAGGCAUGUGUAUCUAAAUUUGCUAAACUUAAAAAAGACAUAAACAUAUACCUGUUAUUUGGAAGAAAAUGUAAUAUAUUUAUUUUUAUAGUAAACUAUAGACCUAUUCAAUAAUUUAUUACAGACUAAAGUUUUGAUAAACUUUUAGGCUAUUUUCUUUUUUAUACUAAAUGCUAUAUUCCAAAUAUUUCUCUAAUGAUUAUUUGCCUAAAAAACACACACACACACGCGCGCGCGCGCGCGCGCCCUAUCAGUUGUGUGUGUGUGUGUGUUAAAUGAUAGCCACAUAAAUAUUAGCGGUCAUUGGAUAAGCUUUAACGAAUCUCUCGUAAAGAAAACAGAAAUUUAAAUUUCCACCGUCCUUUCUGUCUGUAUCUAUAUCUGUUUGUCUGUAUGAUGAAACGAUAUCUUGAAAACCAACUAACUUAUUUACUUUAAACUGUGCACGAAAUUUCUAUCUUGUAUGUGAAACACUGAGAUUGAAGGUGAUGUAAUUGCAUGGGAUUUGGCUGAUCGUUAGCAAAUAAUUAUACUUGGCUAUGGUGGGUAGCCAUUAUGGCAACAGGAAAAGAUAAGAAUAAAGUAAUUUGCAAUCAAACCAAAUACAAUUAUAAGAGAUUAGAACAUGUGACAUUUUUUAAACGUGACAUAACUAUAAAAAUAUUUAAAAUCUGUUUGUAGUGGUUUUUUACGUGAAAUUAUGUAUUAUUUAAACAUAUAAUGCAUAAAAGUACAAUUAUAAAAACAAACAUUAAUUGAAUGUGUCAUCUGUCGAGAACGAUUUUACAAUAAUAUUGUAAUUUGUUAUAAAACUCGUUUAUAGAAUGAGUUGUUGAGUUGAAUAAAUUGACACAAGUAAAAUUAUUAAGUCAAUUAAAUUAAGUUUGUCUGUCUAUCUGUCCACAGUAAACCCUGAGAAUAAAAUGAGCUAUAAAUAUGCAAUUUUUCAUGCAACCUCAGCGAGGCCCCUUAUGGCACGUGGUGUGGCGUACUUCUACCUUGUACGUUAUAAACUCAAUUGUAAAAAAAUUUUUUUGUAAUUGUUUUUCAUAUAACAUGUAAGUGUUCACUAAUACAUUUUCUGUUUAUAUAAUUGUCGUAUGGUUUUUAAUAUUACAUAUACUAUGUAUUAGUAUGAUUGAAUUGUAUUGGUACACUUUAAAAAGCUUGUUUUAGUUUAAAUUUAAUAUUAUUGCUUUAAAUAUUGAAGAAAGGUUAUAAAAAUAGUUUGUUAUGAGACUUUGGACCAUGUAAAAUACUGCAUGACUGUAAUAUAUACGAUACUUAAAGCAUUUAAUUUGUUGAACUGUUUUCGAUUGUGUACAGAUGCUCGCGAAUUUUGGAAAGGACGAAAUGAUUUAGUGUGUUAACACGUUGUGUUAAGUUGUAAUUUUAAAUAAUAUUAAUAUUGUAAUAA